CUCCCUUCCCGCACCUCCGAAAUAGAGAAGAGGGCGCUGCGGCGUACUCAACCGCAGGACUCGACGGCGGCGCGUGCGUAGGCUGCUUCUGUGCUUCCUCAAGAAGAGUUACCGUACUUGGGAGUUUGUGCGCCUGGUACCGAUUCAACUGUUGAACCUUUUUAUUGGAUGUUAUUCAUGUUCCAUAUUGAUCGGUCAUGACCUGACACACCAGAAACUCUUGUUCGUAUAUGCAAGCUGGUCCAUGCUGUUUAUGUACUGUUGAGAUAGUUUGGAAAGGAGCAGUGUUAUGGAGUGCAACAGAGAAGAGGCCAUCAAGGCCAGGGAAAUUGCUACAAAAAAGUUAGAAAACAAGGACUUUGUUGGUGCCAAAAGGAUUGCACUGAAAGCACAAAGGAUUUUUCCAGAGCUUGAGAACUUAUCCCAGCUGUUGACUGUCUGUGAAGUACAUUGUGCAGCAGAGGCAAAGUUAAAUGGUUUGUUGGACUUCUAUGGGAUUCUCCAAAUGGAUGUAACGGCGGAUGAGGCAACCAUAAAAAAACAGUACCGGAAGCUUGCCUUCUCACUUCACCCUGAUAAAAACAGUUUCCCUAGUGCAGAAGCUGCUUUCAAAUUGGUUGCAGAAGCUCACUCAACAUUGUCUGAUCGAACAAAAAGACCUGCAUAUGACAGCAAGUGGAGGGUUGCUUCUAAAAUUGCACCAAAGCAGGGUUCAGAACAAAAGCAAGGUACCCAACCAAAUCAAGGUACAAAACCAAAUCAAGGUACCCAACCAAAGCAGGCUACCCAACCAAUGCAGGGUAAGAAACCAAAGAAGGCACCAAUAACAAAGCAGGCAAGAAUGCAAAAGCAGGAGGCAGUACCAAAGCAGACUACAGAAGCGAUGAAGAAAUCAGUUCCAUCAACCUUUGCUGAUCAGGCAAUCUGGACCAAAUGCAAUCACUGUAGAACAAAAUAUCAGUACUACAGCGGCGUACUAAAUCAUAGCAUCCGCUGUCAGAACUGCAAUAAUUUUUUUGUUGCUUCUAAGCUGAAUGAACAAGAUGUUCCUUCUGUAUUCACAUCAAAUGCAACGAAUGGAAUUGGACAACAGGGUGGUCUUCCCAGUCAACAAGACUGUUCUACAAAGUUCUCUUCUAGGUUGAACUGUGAUGCUAAGGCCUCGGCGAAUGGAGCACAAAAUGAUGAACACAUGAAGAGUGCCAGGACAGUUGGUGAGAAGGUUAACCAUGCAGAGGCAGGUGGGAAAAGGGGGGUUGAAUUUUCAACGGGGAAUCUGUCUAAAUCACCUGCACCAAGUUCAAAUGACAAGGCUGGUGGAAAGAUGGCGGCUGACCCUGCCGAUCCAGAUGUUGCUGAUAGUACAAACAUGCGUAGUAGGGUAGUAGAUACAUCAGCAGAGCCAGGCGCUAUUGGCAGCCCUAGCCCCCGGAGAUCAGCUAGGAGAAAGGCAAACCCUGAUGCCAAUAUUGCGGUUUCCCCUAGCAAAAAGAAACGAACAAUAAAAGAUUGGUUUUCAAAUGCUGACUCGAGUUGUAAGAAAACAUUUGAGGGUAAUGCUGCUCGUGCUGAUGUAAAAAUUGGUGAAGCUCAUGUCUCCAGUGAAGCACAAAAACAAGAGAAAGGAAGUACUACUAAUGAAGGCAACCAGGAAAACAUUAAGAAAGAAGUCAUCCAUGAUGCACCUGCUGUGAAGAAGCCCUCCGAUUCUGUGCAAUUUUCCUACCCCGACCCAGAAUUUUUUGACUUUGAUAAACGCAGGCUUAUUAAUCUGUUUGCAGUUGAUCAGAUCUGGGCAGUUUAUGAUGAUCGCGAUGGCAUGCCACGGUAUUAUGCCCGAAUAAGGCGUGUAGAUGCUACCAAAUCCACAGUUCAGUACACUUGGCUGGAGCAUGAGGCAAUGAAUGAAGAAGAAGACAGAUGGACUGAUGCACUGCCUGUUGCUUGUGGUACGUAUAAAUUAGGAGAAACAGAUGUAUCACCAGGUACCCUCAUGUUUUCUCAUCUUGUUCCAUGGGGAAAAGGCCGAAAAAGGAGUUCGUAUGAAAUAUAUCCCCGGAAGGGUGAGGCAUGGGCUCUUUAUAAGGGUUGGAGUAUGCAGUGGAGCUCAGAUGCUGAUAACCAUAAAACAUACGAGUAUGACGUUGUGGAGGUCCUGUCAGAUUUCACAGUGGAAGCUGGAGUUGCUGUUGCCCCCUUGGUCAAGAUUAAAGGUUUUGUCAGUCUAUUUGCAAAAGUAAUUGGCAAAUCAUCAUUUGUUAUACCGUCUAGUGAAGUGCUUCGGUUUUCUCACAGUAUCCCGUCUUAUAGAACAAAAGGAAAUGAAAAGGUAGGUGUGGCAAGUGGGUUUCUUGAACUAGAUACCGCAUCACUUCCUAGUAACCUGGAUGUAGCAUUUCCGUCAGUUCCCAUCGGCAAGACAAUUAAUAGUGGCUGCAUUGAUGCCAGUGGUAUUAGUACAGCAGGUCCUGGAAAUGAACAAAGUGCUCAAAAAGAAAAUCAGCGAAGUGGAGGAAAACAUAUGGAUGAUUUCCCUGAACGAACCCCAAAUCAGCAACAGAAGGUCCGUACUGGGAAUGUGCCUGGUUCUUCCUCUCAGCAAUUGUGCACCUCUCCAAGUGCUAUUGCGACAUAUCCAGACUCAGAAUUUUAUAACUUUGAACAAGGGCGAUCAUAUAAUAAGUUUGAACGUGGCCAGAUAUGGGCUCUUUACAGCGAUCUGGACAAAUUUCCGAAGUACUAUGGUUGGGUGACCAAAGUUGAUAUGGAACCGUUCAGAUUGCAUUUGACUUGGCUCGAACUUAGUCCAGAACUGGAGCAAGAGAAGAUGUGGUUGGAUCAUGAUAUACCUGUGAGCUGUGGGAGAUUUAAGCUCCACAACUGGAGGAUCAAGUAUGAUUCAAAUGAUGCAUUCUCUCAUUUAGUAGAAACUAGCCCAGUUAGCAGUUGCCAACGAUCAUUUGAAAUUCACCCGCGAGUAGGGGAAAUUUGGGCCGUGUACAAAAACUGGUCACCUGACUGGGUUCCUUCCAGCAGUGACUCCUGUGAAUGUGCUAUUGGUGAGAUUACCGAGCGCACUGAAGCUAGCACAAAAUUCUCAUUUCUGACUCAAGUAGAUGGUUACAGAGUUGUGUUCAGGCCUGACAAUGAACGAGGCAUUUUGGAGAUACCUGCAAAUGAGAACUUAAGGUUUUCCCACCUUAUACCUUCCUUCCGCCUGACAGAAGAAAAAGGUGGCAAACUCCGUGGCUUCUAUGAGCUAGAUCCAGCUUCUGUUCCUGAUGCUUUCUUGCCCCGGGUCAGCACCUGCUGACUUCAAAGCUGACUGUUCUGAAGCUAAAACUGAAUUACUUUCAAUUAAAUCAGGCUAUGUAUCGAUGAGCAGCUUAGAGAAGACUUAUGUUCAUGCUCCCCUUUUGCUGUGCUGGAGGUUGUGGAUUCAUGUCAUUUGCUGAUGAACAGAGGCCAUUCCUCAAGAUAUCUGCUGUUAGAAUAGAACUCAGCAGGAAAAAGACUGGAAUUAUUUUUAGCAAUGUCUUUAGCUUCAGACUGUAUCAAGUCUAGUGAACUGUGAGUUUGGUAGACGAGUUUAGCAUCAAUGAGUACACCCUCAUUUUGAAAUGGUUCGGAAGUUAAAUCUUUUGCAGUCAUUGCGGACAAGAGGCACCA